GCGCGCUCUCCUCCUCUCGGCUCUCGGCUCUCGGCGAUCUCGUCGUUCUGCGAAGGUCGGAACUGCUCUCCGACGAACACGAACGGGCACAGCUGCGAGGGUCCUUCCCUUCGAUUUUUAUUGCGGUGAUCUCAUUCCUUUCUUUUUUCUCUUGUUUCAUUUCGUUUCGUUUCGCUUGGUUCUUCAUCCGUUGAAAUUUUGAUUCGGGUUCAGAAUUUUUGUUGGUCUUGGGGUUCUUUUAAUCGAUUCUUGGUUGUCGACUUUCUUGUGGGAAGAUCGAUCUUUCUGGUUUUCUCGAUCGUUUUUCGUCGCCUAGCCAGUCUCGUUCUGGUUUCGAUUGGAAAAUAUGUCUUCUUCGCGUUCUAGGCGUGUGGAGUACGACCGCUUCAUCCCGUUCCGGUCGGCGAUGGACAUGGACUACGCACGCUUUGCCCUAACCAGGCCUUCGAAACCGCAGCGUGAUGGUUCGAGGGAAUCCCCAUCGAGCGUGGCGUACCAAAAGCUUCUUGAUGAGUGCAUUUUGAAGAACAGGUCUCGUAUCUUCGCUUUCAAGACUGCACCUGAAGCGCCGGCCAGCAAGCUGCCCCAGUUUGACGAGCCCAUUCGGCCGCAGAAGAAGCAGCAGAGGCGAAUCCCUAAAGAACCAGAGAGGGUUUUGGUAAUCCACGGCUUGUUGGAUGAUAAUGUUUUGAAUCUCCUCGACUGGGGAAGCAAUAAUUUGUUGGCGAUUUGCCUUGAGGACGCAGUGUAUCUCUGGGACGCUGCAAACGAGUCGACUAAGCUUCUACAACCCGCAGAAGACAGAGGACCUAUCACUUGCAUCCGCUGGUCGCCAGACUGUGCAGUUCUAGCUGUCGCAUUUGGCAAUUCAGAUUUAGCCCUGAUUGAUCCAGCAACAGGACAUGUCGUGGAUGGGAUGGAAGAUGAGAACCAGGCCCCUGUGUUGUCACUUGCGUGGAGAAGUAAUUCAAUCUUGACGGUCGGAAGAUUUGAUGGAACUGUUGUUGAUUAUGACUUUAGAAAGGAUGACAUGUUCAUCUGUUUCUAUAAUGGGCAUCGGCGUGGAGUUUGUAGUCUUAAAUGGUCCGUGUUGUCAGGGCGGUAUUUGGCGAGUAGAGGGCAGGACAAACUAGUGCACAUAUGGGAUGCCUGCAUGCCUGUCUCACGUCACCAUCCACGUCAACGUCAAUGGCUUCACAGGAUCAGCAGCCACACUUCCAUUGUGAAGGCUGUUGACUGGUGCCCAACUCGGAGCAACCUGUUGGCUUCUGGUGGAGGUUGCAAUGAUAAUUGCGUUAAGUUUUGGAACACCGUUAAUGGUGCUUGCUUGAACUCGAUUGAUGCUGGCUCUGAAGUUUGUGCAUUGCUAUGGGACAAAAACAAAUCUGAAUUACUGACCUCCCAUGGUUCGCCGAACAAUCAACUCACCUUGUGGAAUUACCCAUCCAUGACGAGAGUGGCUGAGGUUUCCGGUCAUUCAUCCCGGGUUCUUUCCUUGGCUGGGAGUCCACUGGGAGGUGUAGUAGCUUCUGCAGCAGCAGAUGAGACAAUCAAGUUUUGGAAUAUCUUUGAGACUCCCAAAAUAACAAAACCUGAACUGCCCUUUGCCCAAUUUAAUGUUGUCAUAAGAUGAAAAGGCGGAUAGUGGAAAUGAUUAAGAUUCCAAAUGGAAGACUUCUCUAGUGCUUGACAUGAAGAUCUGUUGUUGGUAACACUGCAAUGGGAAGUUUCGUGGUGUCAAAGAUGCAUCACAUUUUCAUACAAAGCGCAUGGAUUCGAGAUCUUCAAAUAUGAGUGCAACCACCUAAGAUUUCUUAUGAUAUUCAAUAUGGCCUUGGUAUCAUAUGAAGACAUCACAUUGCACACCUAGAAGAGUGUUUGACAAUCGAGAGAUCUAUGCAUUAUAAGAGGUAAUUGCCUAAGGCCUUAUGGACAAAGCUAAUGUGGUGGAGAUUGAUGAUCCUCAGAAAGCUCCAGAACUUGAUUGAGACAAACAAGAAGCUGCAGUGAAGCUCAUGGCCAACGGUGCGUGCACCCUUUGCAACAAGGGGAAGGUGCAUAUGCAACAUUCUUUUUCUCUUGAUUAAUGGAUGUUGGUGUUUGAAUUAUAAAACUAGAAAUCAGUUUUAUGUUGUGAAAUUAUACAUUUUUUUAUUGUGCAUAUGGUUAGCUCACCCUUAUUAUCCAGAAUAAUAAUUAUUCAUACUGGUCAGAUUUUGUUGUUCCCCCCUAUGUUUCAAAUGGUAUGAAUAUUUCGUACCUGACGUGGAGUCAUCCAUAAAAGAUCCUUCUACUAGGUGCUUGUUGUUGAAUCUCGGAUUUUGAUGAUAUAAUCAAUUGGUGGGUUAAUUGAUCUAAUCCAUAUUAUUGAGUUAAGUGUGCAGGAUUAACUACGAUAACCAGAAAACAUAAA